AAGAGGCUCGGUCUGUUCAUAAGGCAGCACGCUUUUUCUCGAAACCAAAGCUCGACGAGAUCCAACACAGUUAGAACCCUAAUUACUCGUCACCUUACGAUCAACCGUUUAUGCAAACACUGAUCGGUUUUGAAUCUUUUGAUUGAUCGAGCGAUUCGAUACGGAAUCGCGAUGCCAAUCCGAAUCCCGCCGGCUCGUUGGGAUUUUCGCGGCUUCGUAUUUUGUUUCAUUUUCCUCGGCUCGUUCCCGGGAACAAUACUAACACAAGAAGUUACACUAGAUUCGAUUCGGAUUUUCAAGACGCACGAAUGGUUCCCGACUAAGCCUACAGUCUAUUUCCAAUGUAAAGGAGAGAACAAGACGGUGUUUCCUGAUGUGAAGAAACUCAAUGUGUCUUAUUCUUUUAAAGGCGUAGAAUCUUGGCAGCCACUUACCCAACUUAACGGAACAAAAUGCAAGAGAUGUGGAAUCUAUGAGGAAGACACACUUAAAUAUGACACAUUUGACGAAUGGGAGCUUUGUCCUUCUGAUUUCUCAGCUGAAGGUAGAUACACACACGUCAAGGAGAAAGAAUUCGAUGCUACUUUCCUCUGCCACGGAUGCUCACAAGUCGGAGCUGGUACGAAUAAAGAAUCUGGCUCUGAGAAGGAAGAAGAAAGGCGCGGAAUGCAUCCUGCAAUCGUGGUACUGAUUGUAGUACUUGUGUUAGGUGUAGUUGCGGUGGGACUUAUAGUAGGUUAUAAGUAUUGGAGGAAGAAGAAACGGCAGCAAGAGCAGGCCCGGUUUCUUAAACUGUUCGAAGACGGUGACGAAAACGAGGACGAACUUGGCCUUGAAGAUACCCUAUGAAGCUUAAGGUCAGUGUGGCCUAGUAACUGAGUUAUUUUGUAACUCAAUGUCCCCUUUAUGUACAUACACAGCUUGAUCUCAUAAACAUUUUGUAGAGAGGAGAAAAAAGGAAUCAUAGUGAUCAACAUACAAAGUUACAAACAUUUGCUUCAUCCAAAGACAAAAUCAUUGCCGUUUUAUCUUUUA